CAUCACAGCGGUGAAAAAGAAAAACUCAUCUGGCUUUUCUAGGAAAACCAUAAGGUGGGGCCAAAGGAAGAAGGCUGCAAAAUCGUAGCCGGUAGCUGCAGCUGAGGGGACCCAUUUCUCAAUUAAAAGCCAAUAACUGCUUCAACUGCACAUCAUGCGCGUCAGAUAACGAGAAGGCGCUUUCUAAGUACCCACCUCAUGGAGACUCCCACGCUUUGCCCCCGACCAACUAUAUUAAUACCAACCAAAAGGGUCUCUACUCUACCUUUCCAUGGAUUCUCUCAAGGUGGAAGAAGCUCUCGGUUCUCGAACUAAUCAAGAAGCCGCUGCUGCUGCCGCUGCUGCUGCUGCUGCUCCGAAUGGAAGAUCAGAGACGGCGUCGACUGAGAUGAACACGAAUGAGAACAGGAUUAAUAUUGAGAAAGAGAGGAAGAAGAAUAAGAAGAAGAAGUUGAGGAUUAAAUCUUCCUAUUUGCCGAAAAUUGGAUGCUUGAGGAUUGAACAGGAUGAGGAAGGGAAUUUUGAUGCGGCGGUGGAUACUAUCGGAGAGCCGGCCAAUCCGGCUCAUCUGGUUGUAAUGGUUAAUGGCAUCAUUGGCAGCGCUGAGAAUUGGAAAUUCGCCGCCAAGCAGUUCUUGAAUAAAUAUCCCCGAGAUGUUAUAGUUUACUGCAGCAAAACUAAUUCUGGAACAUUGACAUUUGAUGGUGUUGACGUAAUGGGAGCAAGAUUAGCAGAAGAGGUUAUAUCAGUGAUAAAACGUCACCCCUCUGUUAAGAAGAUUUCAUUCAUAGGUCAUUCUUUGGGUGGGCUAGUAGCAAGAUAUGCUAUUGCUAAGCUCUAUGGACAUGAUCUCACGAAGGAACUUUCUCAAGGAAAUGGAGACUGUAAAAGUGAUGUCAAUGGAGAUACGGGAAUGGAAGACAAAAUCAAAAAUAGAAUUGCUGGAUUGGAGCCAGUGAAUUUCAUAACCCUUGCUACCCCACAUCUUGGUUCAAGGUGGCAUAAACAAGUCCCCUUGUUUUGUGGCUCUUACACCAUGGAAAAAGUGGCCGCUCGUAUUUCAUGGUUUCUUGGUAGAACUGGAAAACAUCUGUUCUUGACUGAUGGUGACAAUGGAAAACCUCCUCUUCUUCUUCAAAUGGUUAGCGACUCUGAAGAUCUUAAAUUUAUGUCUGCUUUGCAGUCCUUCGAGCGUCAUGUUGCCUAUGCAAAUAUACGUUUUGACAACCUUGUAGGAUGGAGCACAUCAUCUUUACGGCGGCAAAAUGAGCUUCCAAAGAGACGACAUCUUUCAAGAGAUGAGAAAUACCCACAUAUAGUGCACGUGGAACCAUCGACAACGUCUGGCCCUCAGCAAGAAUUCCCUUUGGAUGCCAAAGUUGAUGGAUGCAAGUCUGUUAAUAUGGAAGAGGAAAUGAUCCGAGCUUUGACGAAAGUGAACUGGGAACGGGUUGAUGUUAAAUUCAACGGAUUCAAACAAAGAAUGCUCGCACACAAUACUAUUCUGGUAAGAAGCUACUGUGUACAUUCUGAUGGAGCUGACGUGAUCCAACACAUGGUUGACAACUUUCUCCUAUAGAAGGUGCAUAAUGGUUGUAGUAACACUUAAGUCGGUGCUUUUCUCGGCCGAUGGCCCAUUCAAUUAAUUGCAUACUGAAGCGAAAGUGCAGUGACCUCAUUGUGUGAGGUCAGAAGUUAAAUUUCGCUGGGCCUGGUUUAUGCUGGUGAACGCCCACGGGUAAAGAAGGAAAUUUAAAACAGAGAAGAAGAGGAAGCAGGAGGAAUUGUUUUCGAACGGAGGCGUUAUAGGAACUCCAGGCACUAGCAAAAAUUCUUCUGUUAAAUUAAUUAAUAAGAAAAAUUCAUUAUUCUUUUUA